CGGCGCCUUGUGGCUACAGUAGCCGGUAAAUCACAGCUGUGCUCUACAUCCCGCUGCUUGCAAAUACUGCCGGCGUUCCGUUUAACUUCUCCUAGUUUUCACAAGCUUUCGAGUAAUUUUCACGAUUCCAACAUGGACGCUGGCGGCGACAUAAUUAUGGACGCCAAGAACCCGCAGAUGUACCCAGGAUGUGCCACAAUGACCGCUCCGAUGUACCACAAAAGCACUACCCAUAGCCGGCUUUUGCUAUCGCAGCUCGCUGAACUUCGUGAUGACUCCCGUCUUUGUGAUGUUGCACUUGUCGUAAAGGGAACUCGCAUCAAUGCUCAUAGACUUGUGUUGACUGCAUGCUCCAAUUACUUCAAAGCAAUGUUCACAGGAGAAAUGGCCGAGAGUAGAUUGCAAGAAAUCGAAAUGGUUGAUAUGGACGCAGGUACAUUAGACGCGUUAGUGAAUUUCUGCUACUCCGGGGAAAUAAAAAUCACCGAUGUUAACGUUCAAAACAUUCUUCCAGCUGCUUGCUUACUGCAGUUGAAUGAAGUUCAGGAAGUUUGUUGUGAAUUUCUGAAAAAGCAGUUGGAUCCCUCAAAUUGCCUUGGUAUUCGCGCGUUCGCCGAUACUCAUGCAUGCCAAGAAUUAUUACGAAGCGCCGACAAGUAUACUUUGCAUAAUUUUCAGGAUGUUAUUGGAACGGAGGAGUUUCAUCUACUUCCAGUAAAUCAGUUGAUCAAUCUAAUUUCUAGCGAAGAACUUCACGUUCGAUCAGAAGAACAGGUAUUUGCUGCAGUAGUGCAAUGGGUAAGGUUCGAUUUGCCAUCUCGCAAGCAGUACUUGUCUAAGCUACUAGAACAUGUCCGACUUCCACUAUGUCAUCCGAAGUUCCUCGUUAGCACAGUCAGCGAGGAUGCUUUGGUCAAAGCAGAUGCCGCUUGUCGCGAUCUUGUUGACGAGGCCAAGAAUUAUUUACUUUUACCACUGGAACGCCCAAAUAUGCAGGGUCCUCGAACUCGUCCGAGGAAACCUAUCAAGUUCGGAGAGGUCCUGUAUGCAGUGGGUGGUUGGUGUAGCGGAGAUGCCAUAGCUUCGGUAGAACGCCUAGAUCCGGGUAAGGCAAUACCGGUUUGGCAGUGUGUUGCACCAAUGAGUAAGCGGAGGUGUGGUGUUGGAGUGGCUGUAGUGGACAACCUUCUAUACGCAGUCGGAGGACAUGAUGGGCAAACAUAUUUGAAUAGUAUAGAACGAUUUGAUCCAGCUACAAAUCAGUGGUCUUGCGAUGUUGCACCCACAUCAACAUGUCGGACAUCUGUUGGAGUAGCUGUUUUAGACGGUUUCUUAUAUGCUGUAGGAGGCCAAGAUGGCAUUAACUGCUUAGAUGUUGUCGAACGUUAUGAUGCCCGACGAAACGAGUGGACUUGCGUGGCGCCUAUGGGAACUCGUCGGCUAGGAGUAUCUGUGUCGGUAUUGAACGGGUGCUUAUAUGCUGUAGGAGGUUCGGAUGGACAAUCACCACUGAAUACAGUGGAGAGACUUGAUCCACGAGUUGGCAAAUGGGAUGUGGUGAGACCUAUGUCAACGCGUAGAAAGCACUUAGGUUCAGCUGUAUUCGAUGGCCACCUGUACGCAGUUGGUGGCAGAGAUGACUCUUGCGAAUUGAGCUCUGCUGAAAAGUACAACCCGGUGGCGAAUGAAUGGACAGCAGUAGUUGCAAUGAAUAACAGAAGAUCAGGGGUCGGUCUUGCCGUCGUCAAUGAACGCAUGUAUGCAGUGGGUGGCUUUGAUGGGACCACAUACCUCAAAACUGCGGAAGUUUUCGAUCCAGAAGCCAAUCAAUGGAGGCAUCACGGUUGUAUGAAUUAUCGCCGACUUGGCGGUGGAGUUGGAGUUAUACGGAUGCCUUGUCAAUCUCAGCAACCGGUAAACGAAUCUGCCUUCUAA